AUGUUCUACUGUAGUGGUUCCCUUCGAGAAAUGCUCGGACAAACUGGCUUAAAAAUGCGACCGACACGAUUCGACGAGAGAUAUUAUAAGGAGAAGAUGCGAUUCGAGUUGAUCCUCUAUGUGGAAAUGAUGAAUUCACUGAGCAUUUUUCGAGAUUUUGAUUUGGACACGAAAGAGUCGUUGAUAAAACAAUGUGCGGUUUCGUUGGCAAUGUUGGAGAAGUAUUAUAUUUCAGUGAAGAAUGAUGGAUUGAAAACGCAAAAACUUAUCGCUCCUGAUGGCUCUUACACCGAUUUGUCAGACGACGGAGCUCAGUUUGCCGAAGAGUUCCAAACGAUGAAAGAUGAUCAAGUGAUGGAUAAGAAUCAGUGUCUAAAUCUCCUCUACAACCCGUUGAAAGUCUGUCUCAACGAACUCGGCACCGCAUUGGAGCACUCAAAAAUGACGGACACCGAGUUUUGUGCUCUUUUUGCAAUUUUGUUAUUCAACACAGCCGCUGAUAACAUCACUGAUAGUGUCCGAAACGCGGUGAUGAUGGCCAGAAAUCGGGUGAUGAAGGAUUGGUUCGAGUUGUAUGCAAAACAGGGAAAAACGCCUGAAGAGGCUGGCCUUCUCGUUGGAAACACACUUCUCUUGCUUACCGCCGUCCGUAAUGCCAUGGCUGUUCAUCGUGAGAACUUCCAUGUGAUUCGUGUGUUUAACGUCAUGGAAUACGAUAAAUUGAUUGAUGAUCUCGCUUUUGUUUAA